GGGGGGGAAGGGCCUCCGCUGGCUCACUCUGAGAGCAGACAAACUUGCGUAGUCUUGCCACGGUUCUCACUGUCUGCCUGCCUGUCUCUAUGGACAGCUGGAGGGUAGGGGAGGAAGCCGCUGGGAGUAUUUUCGUCGGAACCGCAGCGCCUUUCGAGGGCCUUGCGAUGAUUUAAUCCCGAAAAAGGCAGGGUGCCGGAGGAAAAGGGAGAAGGAGAAAGACGACGGGAGCACGAGAGGAGAAAGGAGCGACCGUUGGAGAUGUGCGGUCGGGCCGAGAUUUCAGCGGUAACCCUGUCUAGGCCUGGAUUUAGCAGAUUGUUCUGAGAGGAAACAGAUAACAAACAGGGGAAGUGAACAUGGCUGGGACCUCUAGCUUCUUUUCCAACGGACCUGUUCCGUGGAUGGAGAAUGACACAGAGAUGAACAACCUGUACCGAGACCUGGAGGUGGGCACAGUACUGACUCUGUAUUAUUCUAAGAAAUCCCAGCGGCCGGAAAGAAGGACUUUUCAAGUCAAGCUGGAGACCAGGACUAUUAUCUGGACUCGAAGCACAGAUAAAAUAGAAGGAGAGAUCGACAUUCGGGAAAUCAAAGAGAUCCGUCCCGGUCAGAAGUCCCAGGACUUUGAGCGCUAUGUGGAGGACUGUGCAGGUCGGCUCGACCAGAUUCACUGCUUUGUUAUUCUCUAUGGCGCAGAGUUUCGCCUUAAAUCCCUCAGCCUGCAAGCAACAUCUGAUGAAGAGAUGACCAUGUGGGUAAAGGGGUUAAACUGGCUUGUGGCUGACACACUGAAGUCACCAACCCCACUUCAAAUAGAGAGGUGGUUACGCAAGCAGUUUUACGCAGUCGAUCGCAACAGAGAAGACAAGAUAUCCUGUAAGGAUCUGAAGAACAUGUUGAGCCAGGUCAACUACAGGGUGCCCAACAUGAGGUUCCUCCGAGAGAAGCUUCCGGAAUCAGAGCUGAGGAAUGGAGACGUGCCCUUCAGCCAGUUUGCCCAGCUGUAUCGGAGCCUGAUGUUUGAUGCUCAGAAGAACAUGGAGAUCCCAUUUCUACAAAGGUUCAGUGAUAGACCAGAACAGAGGAUCUCCCUAGAGGACUUUAAGAGCUUCCUCCUUGACUCUCAGAAGGAGCUGUGGGCCACGGACAACAACAAGGUUCAGGAGUUUAUAUUCAGCUACCUGAAAGAUCCCCUGAGAGAAGUGGAGCAGCCUUAUUUCCAUCAAGAUGAGUUCCUCUCAUAUUUGUUCUCCAAAGAGAACACCAUCUGGGAUUCUUCACUGGACCAAGUAUGUCCUGAGAAUAUGAACAACCCCCUCUCCCACUACUGGAUAUCCUCCUCACACAACACCUACCUGACGGGAGACCAGUUUGCCAGCGAAUCGUCCCUGGAGGCGUAUGCUCGUUGCCUGAGGAUGGGCUGCCGCUGUAUUGAAUUGGACUGCUGGGAUGGUCCAGAUGGAAUGCCUGUCAUCUACCACGGACACACCCUCACAACAAAAAUCAAGUUUAGUGACGUCUUGCCCACCAUAAAGGAGCAUGCCUUUGUCACAUCUGACUAUCCCGUCAUCCUUUCUAUCGAGGACCACUGUAGUAUUGUGCAGCAGAGGAACAUGGCCGCGCACUUUAAAAAGGUGUUUGGCGACAUGCUGCUGACCAAAGCUGUAGAUAUCUCAGCAGAUGGUCUGCCCUCACCCAAUCAGCUCAAAAGGAAGAUUCUCAUCAAGCAUAAAAAGCUUGCAGAAGGCAGCGCCUAUGAGGAGGUGUCCACCUCAACACCAUACUCUGAGAAUGAUAUUAGCAACUCCAUCAAGAACGGCAUUCUAUACCUGGAAGAUCCCAUCAACCAUGUGUCCAAUGGAAUGGACCAGCACGUGACAGAGAAAUGGUUCCACGGCAAGCUCGGUGCCGGACGGGAUGGACGGCAGAUAGCAGAAAGACUGCUGUCUGAGUACUGCCAUGAGACUGGAGCCCCUGAUGGCUCCUUCCUGGUCCGGGAGAGUGAAACAUUUGUUGGAGACUACACGCUAUCAUUCUGGCGUUCAGGCCGGGUGCAGCACUGUCGUAUCCACUCUCGGCAGGAGGCAGGCAGCCCCAAAUUCUUCCUUACGGACAACUUGGUGUUUGACACACUCUUUGCUCUGAUCAACCACUACCAGCAGGUGGCACUGCGCUGCAACGAGUUUGAGAUGAAGCUGACGGAGCCGGUGCCUCAGACUAAUGCCCACGAGAGCAAAGAGUGGUACCAUGCCAGCCUGUCCAGAAGUCAAGCAGAGAACAUGCUGAUGAGGGUUCCUCGUGAUGGGGCUUUCCUCGUCAGGAAAAGGACAGAACCCAGCUCCUUUGCCAUUUCCUUCAGGGCUGAGGGUAAGAUCAAACACUGUCGAGUCCAGCAGGAGGGUCAGACUGUGGUGCUGGGCACCUCAGAGUUUGACAGUCUUGUAGAUCUCAUCAGUUAUUAUGAAAAGCACCCUCUGUAUCGCAAAAUGAAACUACGCUAUCCCAUCAAUGAGGACACACUGGAGAAAAUUGGCACCGCUGAGCCAGACUACGGGUCGCUGUAUGAAGGCAGAAAUCCGGGUUUUUACGUGGAGGCUAAUCAGAUGCCAACUUUCAAGUGUACUGUGAGAGCAAUGUAUGAGUACAAAGCCCAGAGAGAUGAUGAGCUCUCCUUCUCCAAGAAUGCCACUAUCUCUAAUGUAGACAAACAGGAAGGAGGAUGGUGGAAAGGUGACUGUGGAGGCAAGAAGCAGAUGUGGUUUCCCGCUAACUUUGUGGAGGAGAUCAGUCCAUCAGCAAUAGAGCCUGACAGAACUCAGGAGAUGACAGAAAGCAGCCCUCUGGGAGAUUUGCUCAGAGGAAGCGUGGACUUGUCUUCCUGUCAGAUUGUUGUGCGUGCUGAUGGGAAGGGCAGCAGACAAUUCGUCUUCACGCUGUUGCCAAGCAUACGCACAGGCCCUGUACUAGACGUGGCUGCCACCAGCCAAGAGGAACUCAAGGAAUGGUACAACAAGAUCCGUGAAGUCACCAUGACCUCAGAAGCCAAACUUGAAGAGGGAAAGAUGAUGGAAAGGAGGAAGAAGAUUGCACUGGAAUUGUCAGACCUGGUCAUCUACUGUAGGCCUGUGCCAUUUGACGAAGAAAAGAUUGGCACGGAUCGGGCAUGCUUCCGUGACAUGUCAUCCUUCCCCGAGACCAAAGCAGAAAAGUACGUCAACAAGAUAAAGGGCAAGAAGUUUCUGCAGUACAACCGACUGCAGCUCUCCAGGAUCUACCCCAGGAGCCAGCGACUGGACUCCUCCAACUACGACCCGCUGCCCAUGUGGCUGUGUGGGUCCCAGCUGGUCGCACUCAACUUCCAGACGGCAGACAAGCCCAUGCAGAUGAACCAGGCUCUGUUCAUGCUGAAUGGAAGAAGUGGCUACGUCCUUCAGCCCCCCAUCAUGAGGGAUGACAACUUUGAUCCCUUUGACCGACAUACACUACGAGGCAUUGAACAAGUCACCCUCGAGAUAGAGGUCUUGGGCGCCCGGCACCUUCCCAAGCACGGGCGAGGCAUUGUUUCCCCUCUCAUCGAGAUUGAGGUGUGCGGAGCCGAGUAUGACAGUUCCAAGCAAAAAACAGACUCAGCAGCUGACAACGGUCUGAACCCCACAUGGUCGAAAAAGUGUUAUAAGUUCACAGUUUGCAAUUCAGCUUUUGCCUUCCUGCGUUUUGUGGUUUAUGAGAUCGACAUGUUCAAUGACCAAAACUUCUUGGCACAAGCCACCUUUCCCAUUCAGGGCCUCAAGACCGGUUACCGGUCUGUACCCCUGAAGAACAGCUACAAUGAGGAUCUAGAGUUGGCGUCCUUGUUAGUGCACAUGGAUAUUGUCCGAGGCAGGGAUGAGAACGGGGAGGUUCUGAGCCCGUUCCUCGCGGUCGGGGGCACGUCGUCGCCGUCGUCAUCGGCGCAAGUCACGCGGGAGCGCUUUGGGGAACUGGGCUCGGUGUCAUCGACCUCCUCCAGCAUGUCUCCUUUGCCGCAGUCGCCAGCUCAGGCCAUGGGCUACCGCGGGAGGGAGGGCUCCUUUGAGUCCCGCUAUCAGUCUCCUAUAGAGGACUUCAGGGUGUCCCACUCACUUACUUACCGAAAGCAGCUCUCCCUCCCUCCAUUCUUCAACCCCCCCCCCCGCCCCUUUCCUGCCCGCCUGGUGAGAAGGAGCGGCUCGGACACUGGAGGGGCGGGAUCCGCUCAGAGGAAGCGCAUGUCUGCGGACAGGACGAAGAAGCGACAUUCAUAG